AUGUACGUAUUCGAGCAGGAGUACAUCCUUACACCGUACCAUGACAACAUACUCUUUUACCAUCGUUUUAUCGAUGAUAUUUUAAUGAUCUGGAAAAAAGUAGGACCAACACCAGAAGAAAUGCUAGAAUCUAUCAAUAGCUUGAACACACCGGUUCGACUUACCAUGACCACCAAUGAUCAAACCAUAGACUUUCUGAAUGUACGACUUUACAAAGAACAGGAUGGAGUAGCCUACACUUUGUACAGUAAGCCGACGG